GUGCCAAUGAAUUACCCUCUCAAGGUAAGUCCAACAUGUUUUGAUGAGUGUAAUAAUAGUGAACAUGUGAAUGAUAAUGAUAAACAGUGAACUUAUAUGCCUCUAUUUUAACUCUCAUAAUCAGAUACUGUAACAAAUGUUGAUCCAGGAUUUUUUUUAGAGAAGGGGGUCACAAUUUUUGUUUAGAAAACACAGAAAUUUUGUGUUUUUUCUGAAACCACAGUAGGCCAAGACUUAUAUCUAGAAAAGCAAUUGUUAAAUGCUUCAAAUUGGAUAGUAAUAUGUGAUCCUGUUGUUUCAAGAAUUUGGGUGUCAGACAGGUGGAUCUGAUGGGGGUGGGACCAAGACCUCUUGGAGGGGGGGGCCUUCCUCCCCAAACCACCACCGAUUUUUAACUAUUAUAGGGUCCAUGAGUUGGGGCUCUGAUGUCCAAUACUGGAAUUGUUUCUCUGUUAGACACUCGACUUUGAAAUUUACAUUCAAGACCAGGCUUCCAAGGUGUACAACUAUGUGUGGUAUUAAUGUGCCUUUAGUUUGUUAUACUUUUUUCAUCAAUAAGAGUUAGACCAAAAUAGCCUAAGAUCUUUGUCUUAAGAUCUUGUGUGUUAAUUGAGCUGCCCUCAAUACAGUUAAACCCUGUGGAGUAAGAGUGAAAGUACCAAUAAACUGCUAUCCUCGCGGUCAUGUUAUUUAUUAUGUUUCUUUUUUAUAUUUCAGCCGUAAGUGCCUACACUUCAGCUUUAAAGACUUCCAUCAUAGGCCAAACGGAGUUCCAACCCAAACUGCUUGCCUCUCGCACGAUUUCCGACGCGAAAACAGACGAAAUAUUCACAAAUCUUCUCAUACAACAUGGAAGAAAAGCCCUGAUUAAGAAUGACGAGACAUAUUAUUCAAGGAGAAAAGUGCUUGAGUACUACGGGAAUGUCAGCGUUACUCCAGUCAAACACUGCAGUGAAAUAUUUCUUGGCAUGAUUGAUGAUCAGGAAAGUGUUAAUUCUAUUCUUGUCGUUGGAAAAGCAGGGAUUGGGAAAUCCCUGUUUUGCCAGAAGGUGAUUCGCGAUUGAACGAACUAUUUCAAGCACGAGAAAACACUGAAAUCCCCAAUUUCAAAUUUGUGUAUUUGCUUACUUUCCGUCAAUUGAAUUUGCUUAAGAAAAAGCAUUUGACUUUAAGAGAAAUCUUAAACUUUUCCUUGGUACUGAAUGACAAAUGUAACAUUAACGACUCAACAUUUGAGUACAUUGUAAAUCAUCCUAAGGAAGUAAUGAUAAUUCUUGACGGCUAUGAUGAGUAUUCUCAGAAAUCCAACAUCGCUGGAAACUUAGAAGAACAGCAUCCCAAUGUCGCUAGACGUAAAAUGCCGGUGGCCGCAUUAUGUUCAAAACUCAUCAAAGGAAAAAUCUUGAAAGGGGCUAUCGUCAUGAUUACCUCGCGUCCUGAUGAAUCGGACGAGAUGGGAGGAAUCCGUUUUAAACGGGACGUGGAAAUUGCGGGUUUCUCGUCAAAACAAGUCAGAGAGUAUAUCGAGAAAUACUUCAAGGACAACGAAAGUAUGAAGAACGCUGUACUUAGACAUGUGAUGAACAAUGAGACCCUGGUCAGUUUUGCUCAUAUUCCUAUGCUGUGUUAUCUGUUGUGCUUCGAGAUGGAGUAUACCCUAACCGAAUCAGGAAAUCCUCAAGACCUUCCCGUCUCAACAACCGACAUUUACACCAAACUUGUUGAUAUAUUUGAACUUAAGCACUGCGCCGACUCAGAAUACAGACAGAAAGAAAUUCCUGAGCACUUCAAGCCCCCUCCUGUCAUCAAGAACACAUUAGAGAAAUUGUCAGAGCUAGCGGCUAAACUGCUGGUUAAAGAAAAGCCAACUUUUGAUGAAAGCGAGAUGGAAGGCGAUUUUGAAGCGGAAGAAGUCAACAAACUGAAAGGUAGCGGUCUUCUUUACUGUGGUCAGCCUUUCAGGACUGCACCGAUUACAACCACGAAACACUUUAGCUUCACACAUCUGACCGUCCAAGAAUUCUUGGCCGCUCGUUGGUUUGUAAAGGAAAAUUGUGUUCCAGACGCGAAAUGCUUUAAUAUGGUUUUCCAAUUCAUGGCCGGCGUUUUAUCGAGUGAGGGAAACGAGGAACUGAUGGAAAAACUAUUAGAUUCACGCCUCGUAGAUUCCAAUCUUAAAAUGACGUGUCUGACUGAGUAUCAAAACAAAGAAUUUGCCAAAAAAUUCAUCAGGAAUAAUCCGCAAGCCUUUUGUAAUUCAGACGGCGUCAUGGUUUUUGAGGGUUUAUCAGAUGUGGACUGCAUUGGAGUAUCAUUUGUGUUGGACAUUAUUAGUGAACUAAAUAAAGAGGAAGCUGGAGAGGCACAACACAAAUGUUCUGAUAAGUUCGUCACAGUUAAGGAGUUACAUCUUUGCGGAUCACAGCUAACACUGUCUGGAAUACAACGAGUCUGUAAUUCACUAAACAAUGAACACUGUCUUGUGUCUGAACUGGUCUUAUUCUACAUUUACUUGACUGAUGAACAUGUUGAUGUUAUUAAUAGGUUAGUAGUAAGGAAGUUAACCAAAUUAAGUCUAGUGACCACUAAUAUCACUGAUACCGGUGUGGCCAGUCUAUGUGAAGCUUUACAGCAUCCAAGCUGUAAGCUAACCACACUAAAUCUGCAGGGUAGUUCUAUCUCUGAUACCGGUGUUGCCAGUCUAUGUGAAGCUUUACAGCAUCCAAGCUGUAAGCUAACCACACUAAAUCUGCUGGGUAGUUCUAUCUCCCAUACCGGUGUUGCCAGUCUAUGUGAAGCUUUACAGCAUCCAAGCUGUAAGCUAACCACACUAUAUCUGCAGGGUAGUUUUAUCACUGAUACCAGUGUUGCCAGUCUAUGUGAAGCUUUACAGCAUCCAAGCUGUAAGCUAACCACACUAAAUCUGCAGGGUAGUUUUAUCACUGAUACCGGUGUUGCCAGUCUAUGUGAAGCUUUACAGCAUCCAAGCUUUAAGUUAACCACACUAACUCUGCCUGCGUCCCUUAGUUCUGAAUAUGGCGCAAUUCUUAAAGCUAUCACUCAGAGACACCGACCAGCUUUAAACCUGUCUUUUAAGGGGGUUCUAAAACUUAUAUAGUUUCAUCAAUUUUUAGUAGAUUUUUAUAUUUAAACAAAAUAAAUAGUUGCAAGUCAAAUCUUAAUUUUGGGUCAAAGAGACUUACCAGGUAGAC